UCAGUGUUUUUCACUACUCUCUCUUUUUCCUUUUAAAAAUUUUAUUUUGAUGUUAUUUCGGUUUGGGUGCUGAGAAAACGAAAGAACCCACCAGGAAAAUGAGCUCUUGAAGUGUUUUUGUUUUUGUUGGGUCAUUCUGUGGCUGCAAUUUUCUCUAUACAGUAUUUCUGUUUUGUUUGUUCUGUUUUGGUUCUUAAGAAAAUGUAGGAUUAUCUGCAUUGUUCUUGUUUAAGUGGUGUGUUUAGAUCUGAUCUAUGUGUUUUUUUUUUUCCUUCUGUUUCUUGCAUGAUUUUAUUGUUGAAACGCAGAGAUCAUGAGCUACUGAUAUUCAUAUUUUAGAAUCUUGAUAUAAGAUUUAUCAUAACUUCUUUUUUCAAUAAGAGAUCAAGAAAAUUCAAAUAUUGGACAACAAUAAGCAUUAUAUAUAUUAUGCAUUUCUCCAGUUCCUGAAGGAGGCAUCUUUGUUUUAUGAUUCCAUUACUAUUGAUUAGUGUUAAGUGAUCCCAUUACUGGUGAUCAGUGUUAAGUGAUCCCCUAGUGAUCAAUGUUAUCCCUAUUACUGAAAGUUUCUAUCACCUACUCUUGGGCUGUUGACCAUUGUAGUUUCUGGGAAUUUGUUUUAUUUUAUUUUUUAUUUUUUUUCUUAAGAAUUAAUUUAUUAGAUUACAUUGGAUAUAGGGACUAAUGAUUUGAUUAUAUGAAAUUAUGUUCUUAAUGUAUUGUAGUUUCUGAAAGUGAUUCGUUUCUCCAUUGUGUUCUUGUUCUUUAAUUUCGAGUAGCUUUUGACUGCAAACUCCCACUCACCCUGUUUAUGAUUAAAUCUUCUGGGUGAGGUUAAAGUUGUUGGUUUUGGAUUCAUUUUUGCACUUUCUCUUUGUUUUGAGCUGCUGUAAUCAUCAAGCUCUGAAAUUUCUGAAAGAUGUCAGGCCAAGGCCAACGCUUGAAUGUAGUUCCCACUGUGACAAUGCUUGCGGUUGUAAAAGCUCGCCUUGUUGGUGCUACAAGAGGUCAUGCUCUUCUCAAGAAGAAGAGUGAUGCUUUAACUGUGCAGUUCCGUCAAAUUCUUAAAAAGAUUGUUUCUACUAAAGAAUCAAUGGGAGAGAUCAUGAAGAGCUCCUCGUUUGCUCUAACUGAAGCAAAGUAUGUCGCCGGUGAGAAUGUUAAGCAUGUUGUCCUUGAGAAUGUCCAUAAUGCAUCCCUUAAAGUUCGAUCUCGACAAGAAAAUGUUGCUGGUGUGAAGUUGCCUAAGUUUGACUAUUUCACUGAAGGUGAAACCAAGAAUGACCUUACUGGAUUAGCCAGAGGUGGCCAACAAGUUCAGGCCUGUCGUGCUGCUUAUGUAAAAUCUAUCGAGGUUCUCGUUGAGCUUGCUUCACUUCAGACAUCAUUUUUAACACUUGAUGAGGCAAUCAAGACAACAAAUCGGCGGGUUAAUGCAUUGGAGAAUGUUGUGAAGCCUAGACUGGAGAACACAAUAAGUUACAUUAAAGGGGAGCUGGAUGAGCUUGAAAGGGAGGAUUUCUUCAGGCUAAAGAAGAUACAGGGUUACAAGAAGAGGGAAAUUGAGAGACAGCUUGCAGCUGCCAAGCAGUUUGCUGAGGAGCAGUUUGCUGAGAAAAUUUCUUUGCAGAAAGGAAUUUCACUAAAAUCGGCUCACAACAUGUUGUCUGCCGCAAUGGAAAAGGAUGAGGAUAUUAUUUUCUGAUGCAGAUGCUGGUUUGUCUUGUUUCUUAAUUGUGUGGUUUUUAGCUGUUAUGCUUUUCUUUGUGGGGGCAGAAAAUUUCUUAGCCAAACAAGACGGAUAAUCAGAGUUUACGAGCAUUUCUCAGGAAUAAGUCAUCUAUGCCCUAUUUAUGUGAAUUAAUUAUACAAAUCUCUCAGCUUAAUAUAGUAAAUUCUUUUAAAAUGUAUUGGAGUAUUUUGGUCGGCCUUUGGUUGGUUAGAUAUGCAUAUCAUAGUGCAUCAGUUCUAUUGUUGCUGUUGUAGCAAAUUUGUGUAUAAAAUAAGAACCAAGUUCUUUUUAUGAUUCUUCUCUAUUGAAUGAAAAUGGAUUUAGGUUGGAUUAGUUUCCAACUUGUGAUUUUUUUGGUAUUA